AUGGGUGCCUAUCCUUCUAUUGCCUCCUCGGUCUCCACUCAAAAUCGUCUGAAAAUUACGUCAUCGACCGUUGGAACUGGCGUUGACGGCACUACUCCUUCACUGAAACAAAUUCGAAAGGAUUUGCAAAACUUGGAUCCGGAUCAGGUAAAAUUAAUCAUCAAGUUUAUGAAGUAGAGAAAAUUAGGGUAAAUUUUUUGAGUAAUCAUCAAAUUUUUUUUUAGAUCGAAAAAUAAGUUUUUUUUUGAUCUUACAGGGGAAGUACUCCAACUGCGACGCUCAGAUUUCCUUUAAAUUUUGCACACACGUCGGGUAUGGACUAAAUAUCAAUUCCUGAAAGUUUUAGCUGGCGCUUUGCAGGCGCCGUCGAGAUAUCGGACGAUUUAUGCCGCCGAGAGAGCACGCUAAAGUGGAGAACGGUCAGAGAGAAAAACGGUUUUUGGCCAUAACUUUGGCAGUUUCAUGCAAAUUGAUUUUUUGUUGAAACAUUAUCCUUUACGGUAGAAAUAGGCAUGAAACUUUUGGUGCCGAAACUCAGCAAAAAUUGGCAAAUUUUCGCCGACUUUCGACCUAAAAAUCUCGGUUGUUUCUGCUAAGCGCGAGCUAGGAUUCUCGCAUAUAUCUUAGAAAAAAUUUUUCUAAAUUUGGGCCAAGUUUCAUCAAAAUCUGAGUGUCGCACUUGGAGUACAUCCCCUGUUAGAUUUUAAAGUUUCGAGCUCUAAUAGCUUUAGGCUGUAGAUUAUUUCUACAAAAGUCAUUUUUUCCAAGAAUAACUCGAAAAGUUAUUGGCGAAAAACUUUUUUAUUCUGCCCAACUCUCCUCACUUUACGUGCUCUCUCGAAAAAAAUUAAAUGCAAAAUUAUUGUCCGUAUUUUAGGCUCUGCUUCUCUUAUCUGCGGAACGUUGCAAACUCGAAGAAGACCCCCCGGGUGAACCAAAUUCCGAUGACUUUGUUGACAAAAAGUUGAACUUCAACAGAUCCUGGUUCGGCGAGAAACACUUCCAUUUCAAAGAGGAAGACGUGAAGACCGCAACGGAGUUCCAUGCUGUUAGUCCAAGCUUCGAACGCAAAUGGUUUGACAGUCAGAAGGAGAAACGCCCAGGAGUUGGAAAUUGA